AUCGGUCCAAUCGGGUCCUGGAGGCUGGUGUACCGCAUGUAGAUCCGAUAUGUAUCGGAGAAGAGAAAACCUGAGAAAACGGCAAAAACGGGCAGAAACACUGAUCUACCUACAGCCGAGACCUAACCAGGUGCCAGCCGGUUUUCCCUAUAAAGUGGCCGCGUUCCACCCUGCCCUCCCUCCACGCAACAAGUUGUACAUCUUGCCAUUAACCUCGUCGAUUGUAGCAGCUACCGUUCUUCAAGCCACCCACUUACACAUCCAACUCAACUCAACCAGGUCCUACCAUGUCGCAGCCAAAACCCAACUGCUUCUUUGAUGUCACCGUCAACGGCCAACCUCUUGGUCGUAUUGAAUUCAAGCUCUACGAUGAAGUCGUCCCCAAGACUUGCGAAAACUUUCGCGCACUGUGCACACUCCCCCCAAAGAAAGGCUACAAGGGCUCUGCUUUCCAUCGAAUCAUUCCCGCAUUCAUGAUUCAGGGUGGUGACUUCACCGUCGGAAAUGGCACUGGCGGUCAUUCCAUCUUCGGAGCCAAAUUUGCGGACGAGAACUUCCAGCUCAAACACACCAAGCCAGGACUCCUGUCCAUGGCCAACGCUGGUCCCAACACCAACGGCUCCCAGUUCUUCAUCACCACCGCGGUUACUGAAUGGCUCGACGGCAAACAUGUUGUUUUCGGAGAAGUUGUCAAGGGCUUCGAAGAGGUUGUUAAACCCAUGGAGGCGCGAGGAACCAAGCAGGGUACGCCUCAGGGCACCAUUGUGAUCGCUGACUGCGGCACCCUCUAGACGCCGGUCGAGCGCUCCCGUAUUAGAGUCACUGCUUAACCCGUAGACUGCACACAGUAUCAAAAAAAAACCUUAUGAAAUUGAAUGUCUCACGUUGUACUUGAUGCGAUCGAUGUGGCCUCGCCGGAGUUGCCGAUCGUGUGACUUGUGAGCGGCUCUUGAUUCCGGCGGCAUUCGCCAAGUGGCGGGCCGACGGCAAGCAAAAGUUUGCCCCUUGAGAACCGAGCCUCUUAAGCC